AUGACGACGCAGUACGUCACCCUUCUCAGGGAAGCGAAUACCGAGUACACAACGAGUGUAGCCCUGUUAUUCUCAUUAGUGAAUGUUUCGGUGGAGAAGGGUGUCAAACAAGGAGACACCAUCUCUCUUAAGCUUUUCACGGUGUCUCGAGACAUGGACUGGAAUGGAGGCAUAAGGAUAAACAGAGAGCUGCUCACCAAACCAAGAUUCGCUGAUGACAUAACACUGAUAGCGGAGAGAGCCGACCAGCUGCAAACCAUGCUGAAUGAACUGGAUUUCAGGUAUUCGGCGGUCAGCCUGAAGAUCAAUCGUAAGAAAACCAAGUACAUAUGGUCUGAGAGUGUAUCAAUCGGUCACCAAACAAUGGGAAGCGAUGAAAUAGAAGAGGUGAGCAGCUAUGUGUAUUUCGGUCAAGAAGUGACUCUGAGGUGA